UAAGAAUAGCAAAACCCUUUUUAAAACAAAAAAUGUAUGCAAAAGCAGAGUUUGUCCGCUACUAAUUACCACAUCACAUACCUGUACAGCCGCAUGUUAUAUAACUGCCGUUAUUUUAUCAGUGGCUUUCCCAGAAACUAUUUAUUCUGUCAUACAAGUGUCUUGGCAGUGGAUGAAAUGGUGGCAAUGAUAGAAGAAGAGAAGGAUGAAAGAGAGGAAGGGAGACAUGGCCGUAGAACAGCUGGAGGACCCUUUACUUGGGAGAUGCAAAGGGAAGAGAGAAGACCUGGAGGAGAUGAAGAGCUUGGGUCAGUUUGUGAAGGAGGUAAUCAAGGAGAACAAGAGGCUGUGGUACCUAGCAGGGCCGGCCACCUUCACGUCCCUUGCCCAGUAUUCUCUUGGUGCCACCACCCAAGUCUUCGCCGGCCAACUUACCACCCUCGAGCUUGAUGCUGUCUCCACCGAAAACAUGGUCAUCGCCGGCCUUGCCUUUGGCCUCAUGUUGAGCAUGGGAAGUGCACUUGAGACGCUCUGCGGCCAGUCAUUUGGUGCCAAGCAGCUCCACAUGCUUGGGGUCUACAUGCAACGAUCAUGGGUCAUCCUCAUCGCAACGUGUCUCUGCUUGUUGCCCAUCUACCUCUUUGCAACCCCCCUCCUUCGGUUCUUAAACCAGGAUGAGAAGAUCUCAGAGCUUGCUGGGACUCUUUCAUUGUACAUGAUCCCUCAGCUCUUUGCGUAUGGCCUCAAUUUUCCGAUACAGAAGUUCUUGCAGGCCCAGAGCAAGGUCAUGACCACGGCCGUAGUCUCGGCAGUGGCCUUGGCGUCUCACAUAUUCCUCAGCUGGCUUCUGAUAGUUCACUUUAAGCUGGGCCUGGUAGGUGCAGCUGCCUCCCUCAACAUAGCUUGGUGGAUUGUGGUACUUGGGCAGAUUGCUUACAUUGCUAUGGGGUACUGCCCUGGUGCUUGGACUGGCUUCAGCUGGGGUGCUUUGAGGGACUUGGAAGCCUUUGCCAGACUCUCUAUAGAUUCUGCUAUCAUGAUGUGCCUAGAAUUCUGGUUCUAUAUGUUUCUUAUCUUGUUAGUAGGCCAGCUGAAGAAUGCAGAAGUAGCAGUAGCUGCUGUAUCCAUCUGUUUCAACUUAUUUGGGUGGGAGCUCAUGGUUUUCUUUGGAUUUAAUGCUGCAAUCAGUGUGAGGAUAUCAAAUGAGCUUGGAGCUGGAAGGCCAAGGGCAGCCAAGUUCUCAAUACUGGUGGCGAUCAUGUCCUCAGUCUUGCUGGGUCUCUUUUUCUUUACCCUUGUCUUGGUUCUGAAGAAUGUCUAUGGCCUUCCCUUCACUAAUAGUCCCACCGUCGUCCAUGCUAUCGCCGAUCUUGCCACAGUCUUUGCCUUCACACUCCUCCUCAACAGUGUCCAACCAGUUCUAACAGGUGUAGCAGUUGGAGCAGGGUGGCAAUGGCUGGUGGCCUACAUCAACUUGGGGUGUUACCAUGUGGUGGGUAUUCCCAUAGGCUACAUAUUGGCAUUUAAUUUUGAUCUAGGAGUGAAGGGAAUGUGGACUGGUAUGUUAUCUGGAGUAGCCUUGCAGACCUUGAUACUCAUUGGCAUCACACUGGGCACUGACUGGAACAAAGAGGCAAAGGAAGUAGAUUCUCGGAUCAAGAAGUGGGGAGGAUCUGUGAUUGACGAAAAAUAGUAUUGAGGUGUUCGAAAGCUUGGAAUUUGAUGAACUUUCAUAUACUUGGCUUCUUUGUUUCUUAUUAGAAAGAAAAUAUGUUAAUUGUUUUGUUCCUUUUUUUUUUUGGUUCUGAGAGAAACUCUGUUCUGUAUGUUUUGUUUAGCAGCAUCAUUAAUUAUUCCUGGGAAUGCAAACAGUUUGCAGCUCAGGCAGCUGGUUUGUAGAGCAU